GCCAUUACUCUUACGUCAUCAACUCGCGCCGAUGUGUAAACUCUCCCCAGGCGAGAAGGUUCGUGUUUCAAGGCUGAUUUUCUGUUUGCAGAAUGUCUUUAGGUUGUCUGAGGUUGGCCCUGAGCCGUGCAGCACGAGCUUCAUGUCCCUCUGCGAGCCCCGUGACGCUCCUGCUGCUGUAUAAACCCCAGUCGAGCAGAACCACAUGGGGCUCCGUGGGCAUAAAGCUCCAGCAGUGGACGCUGUUCUCCACCGCAGCGGUGAUGAUGGAGACACCGCAGAGACUGAACUGCAGGAGAAGAAAAAGAAGAAGAAGCAGGACCUGAAGGUCCGGCCCACCAUCAGCAGCGUGGGCAGGAAGAUCCACCAACGCCACCUGCUCCUGCUGGACGAGGAAGGCGAGAACCUGGGCACCAUCCACCGGGCCGACGCCCUGAGGCUGAUGGAUGAGAGAGGGCUGAAGCUGGUGCCUGUGAACGAGAACGCGGAACCGCCGGUGUACCGGCUCAUGAGCGGCAAACAGAUUCACGAGGAGCAGAUGAAACUGCGGGAGAAGCAGAAGAACAAGGGUACAGGUGCUGUCCAGGUGAAGGACCUGACUCUGUCUUCAGAUAUCGCUUUACACGACCUGGACACCAAACUGAAACAGGUAACGAGUUGGCUGGAGAAGAAACACCACGUGAGACUGACGCUGAAGCCGAGACGAGACCGGAGCGAGAAGGCGCUGGACUCUCUUCUGGAGGAGAUGGUCGGGAGAAUUACGGCUCCGCUUGGCUUUAUCAACAAACCCAAGCUGAUCCGUGAGGGCAAAGCAGCGAGCUGCGUCCUGCGUCCUCCGUCUGCCAAAGAGCUUCAGGGGACACGACCUGCAACACCGACCUCCUUCAGCACCAUCAAACCGAACCCCGAGAAACACGAAGCAGCUGAACCUCCAUCAGAGCAAGGACAAGACUCUCAGCAGCACUGAUAAGAAUUGACUGUUCUGGAACGUUCUAGUAUUGUUGGAUGAAUAAUGAUAUAAUAGACACCUUCAUGGAGAAGGUUUUGGUGCAGCCGGGGUGUGUGCAGCUGAACGCUCGCUCCUGUUGGUGGAAGGACAGGAUGUGG